CAGCGGGGCGCUGAGGGAGCAGCCGGUUAGGCCCGGCCGCGGCCCGCACGGGGAGAAGGGCCCGGGCCGGGCGGGCUCCCCGCGGUGGGAGCGGGGGGUUCGGCCUUGGCUCGGGGGGAAGCGGGGUCCGGGCUCCACCGUUGAGGUGUGUGUGUGAGCCCCGGGGGUGCUGGCGGUGCCGCUGCCUCCUCCCCAGCUCCGCUGACCCCGGUGUGCGGGGUAAAGCGGACAUCCCCUCAGCGACCUUCUGGUGUGGGCACGGGCAUGGGGUGUCCGGGCCGCGGGGCAGAGGCAGUCCCGUCCUGACCGCUCCCGGUGGCUGCGUGAGGCCGCGCUGGGGUUUGUGUUGUGGGACACCGGCCACCCCUGGACCCGUGCUGGUGGUGCCGCAUCAUGUGCGAGGUGGAACCCGCGCGGUUGAAGGAUGCCCCUGGGAGAUCUUGACAGGCACCGAAGGCCUCAAACUUUUGUAGGCGUGAAAAGCGAGGACGUGAGGAUUCCCGUGUCCGAAAACUCCUUCAAAGAAACUUGCUUCCAGCUCCCAAACGGCUGAACCCCCCCCCCCCCCAGUGCCCCAUCUGCACCCAGGGGCAACAACCGCUUCCCACCCCCCGCUUGGAGCUGGCUGCUAUGAGCUGCUAGGGAUGGAAAGUCACGAAAGGGACUCGCUCGUUGCCUGGUUUUACGUGGUGGCCUAAAGUCCCAGAGGAUGACCUAGCACUUAAGAAUCAAACUGGGCCACGGGGAAAGGCCGAGUUGACUCGAAAGCACCGUAGCAGCGGGACCAGGUCGGAAGCAAAGCAAGUCCCAAGCUGAGCGGCUCUGGGCAGAGAUAUAUGUUCUUUUUCAAAGACGUUGUGUUUCUGGAGCCAGGCCUGGAUCUUUUCGCAUCCAAUUGAGCUGGAAGCAGCUCGUGGCUUUGUUUUGGUUUUGUUUUCUUUCUUUUUUUUUUCUUUAUUCAUGUUUGUACAAUCUUCGAGAGAUUUCUUUUCAAGAAGGAGUCAAAGGGAGUGUUGGAAACUCACAAACAGGAUUAAACCCCUGAGAGCGUAAGGAAAACAGGUUAAGGAACUUAAUCCAGGAUGGAUAUGCAGGAGCCGCAGCAGCUGGGCAUGUUUGCAGAGGGUGAGCUGAUGUCUGUGGGGAUGGACACUUUCAUCCAUCGCAUCGACUCGACCGAGGUCAUCUACCAGCCCCGGCGGAAGAGAGCCAAGCUCAUUGGCAAGUACCUGAUGGGAGACUUGCUUGGAGAAGGGUCUUAUGGCAAAGUCAAGGAGAUGCUGGACUCUGAAACCCUCUGUAGGAGAGCUGUCAAGAUCCUGAAGAAGAAGAAGCUACGCAGAAUUCCCAACGGGGAGGCAAAUGUGAAAAAGGAAAUUCAGCUCCUGCGACGAUUGCGGCACAAAAAUGUGAUCCAGUUGGUCGAUGUAUUGUACAAUGAAGAGAAGCAGAAAAUGUAUAUGGUGAUGGAGUACUGUGUGUGUGGGAUGCAGGAAAUGCUGGACAGUGUCCCAGAAAAGAGGUUUCCAGUUUUUCAGGCUCACGGGUACUUUUGCCAGCUUAUAGAUGGCUUAGAAUACUUGCACAGCCAAGGGAUUGUCCACAAGGAUAUCAAACCGGGGAACCUCCUGCUAACAACCAAUGGGACACUAAAAAUAUCCGAUUUAGGCGUAGCAGAGGCAUUGCAUCCGUUUGCAGAGGAUGACACAUGCAGAACGAGCCAAGGGUCGCCAGCAUUCCAGCCACCAGAAAUUGCCAAUGGCCUUGACACCUUUUCAGGCUUUAAAGUAGACAUCUGGUCUGCAGGGGUCACACUAUACAACAUCACAACGGGUCUGUACCCCUUUGAAGGGGAUAAUAUCUAUAAGUUAUUUGAAAACAUCGGGAAAGGUGACUACACAAUUCCAGAGGAUUGUGGUCCUCCACUCUCAGACUUAUUGAGAGGGAUGCUUGAAUACGACCCAGCCAAGAGAUUUUCAAUACAGCAGAUAAGGCAGCACAAUUGGUUUCGUAAGAAACACGCUCAGGCAGAGGCUCUGGUGCCCAUUCCUCCCAGCCCAGAAACAAAGGACCGGUGGAGAAGUAUGACGGCGGUGCCUUAUCUGGAAGAUCUGCAUGGCUACAAUGAGGAAGAAGAUGAUGACUUGUAUGACAUUGAAGAUGAUAUCAUCUACACUCAGGACUUCACAGUACCAGCUCCAGAGGAGGAGGAGGAGGAGAAAGCUGAGGCAGGGCUUAGCGGCCAGAGCAGAGCACUGAGCAGCCCUGGAGAGCUGUUUGGAGAGGAAGCCGUGCUCCCACCAGCCGUGCGUGCAGAAGAGGAAGGUGAAGCUUAGCCUAGGCCCCAGAGCCACUGCCCUCUUGGGCUUCCCUUGGCCUGAGCUGAUGGCAGUGGCUGGAGAGUGCAGGAUCAUCUCCUUGCUUCCCCCAGGACCCUCCUGUUGUAUUGUUUCCAAAGCAGCUAACUUUGUUCUGCAGGGGAAUAAUUUCUUAGCUUUUGGGUUUGUAUUUUUAAGCAGAGGGGCUCAAUGCACUGUAGUGAGAUGGUUUGUGAUGGUUUGUGACCCCUUGCAGAGUGGGUUACUGGUGAAAUCCAGCCUGUUCCUGCAGACCUCCCCCACCAAUGGGUUUGGACAGAAGUUGUGUUCCUCCCUGUUCUCACUUGUAGUUGAAAUGUUCUGUCUCCUUUUAGCUUCCCCAGUGGGGAUGAGCCUGCCUUGCUGCCUGCUUUAUGGGAUGUAAAAAGCAGAAGCUUGGGCAGACUGCCCACAGCAGGGGUGUGUCCAGCAGCCCCGGAUGGAGCUGCCUGUCCCAGCUGCUGCUGGGCCUCUGGAGCUCUUGGUGCUGGUUUUGAGUGCUGUACAUGCUGGUGCUCCCCCAGCAGCCCUGUCUGCCAGUGAGCUGGAUGUACCCACACAGGCAGGUGACUCUGAUAGUGGGAGAUCAUCUCCAGAGCAGCACUACCAGCUAUUGCAUACUCUUAAUGCAAACAGCAGUAUUUAAACCCAAAUAAGAACUGUCAUUUCAGAAAUGACAGGCAAAUUACUAGGAGAUGUUUUAAGUUCUCGUGUGUAAUUUGUGCUGUUUCAGAGGGAUUAAAGACCUAAAGAUUAAUUGUGGCCCCAUAAACCAGCACUUCCCCCCUUAGUUAGCUGAAGUGGGUGGGCUGGACACGACUUUGGUUUAACUGGUGCCUUUUGAUGGGUUUAACCUUUGGGUUGUUUCAAGAGUUGUUGCUAAUGGCUUAGGUAGAUAGUGAAGUGGUUUCUGUGUGUCCUCCUCCCAGCCCUCGGGUCUUACAGACUGAGCUGGAUGGGUCCAUGAAGGGUGGAUUCCUUGAGAGCCAUCAGACACAGCAGUCCAGAUGUGGGCCACAGCACAGAGCUCCCUAGGGAACCACCUGGAGCAGGAAGAGGGUUUCUCUGUGCUGGAUGUUCUUGUGCUGCUCCUGUGCAGCCAUCACUGCAGGGCCCUGGCUUAGGGAGGCUGUGAUUGUGACAGAGGUUCCCAGGUCUUGCAGAGAUGCCUUGAAAGAAGGGUAAGAGGAAGGAGGGAGAUGGGGAAGGAAGGUGCAGUUUGCAGGUUCAGGCUUUGUGGUGGGCAGAAAUCCCUCACCAGAAGCAGAACCCUCCUGAGAAGCUCCUGGAGGAGCAGGGUGAGGAGGGAGCCGUGGGUGCAGCGCAGUGGAGGGUAAAUGUUCACCUCUUUCCUCGGGUCUUCCUGCAGGAUCUUUUUGAACUCACUCAGCUCCAGGUCCCUGUUCCACCUCAGAGACCCCCUAGGACAAUAAAAGUGUCAAACCCCUGUAAGUGCCUGUGGAUUCAGUCGUGGUUCUGCUGGGCAGCGAGGGCAGGAGUAAAGUGACUCAUAGGUGGGUGCUGGGGAGGGAGGAGAAGGAACCUCAUUAGAUCCUGCAAAGGAAGAAGGGGCUGGGGAAUAUGCUUGUAUGUUAAAGGGUUACUGAAAGACUCCUGCAGAGAGAGCUGGUUCAGGGGUGUUCAAUACCUCAUCCCAGGGGAGCGCUCUGGCCCCAUGUCCUCUCCAGAAUGAUUUCCUCUGGGAGAUGCAGUAGAUGGGUAUAAGCAUCUUGUGCCCCUUUCACCUUUAGAAGGCUGUGCUCUGCUUCUUCCUCCCUACCAUUAACCCCUUCCUGCUUCCAGUGCAGGUCUCCUGCAGAGGAUCCAUCCUUUGCUCCCUCAGCUUUGGUUUGAGGCUGUGGAGCAAAGCCAGGGCUGGAGGCUUUGGGUAAAACUGGUACUUGGGGAGGUGCCUUUGGAGCUGCAAGUCACGAACGUGUGUUUGUGCCUGACAAACACAGCGACUCCAAAAGCUCUUCCUGAGUUUAUAGCAAAGCCUUUUUUGUGCCUGAAUGAGCUGCAUGGAGCCAUUAAGAAAUGUGAGAGGUGGUGAGGAUGAACACGCACGUUCCUGGUGCCUCUCUCAGCCUCCUUUUAUCCCUGUAUUUUUAGCAGGCGGUAAUGGCAAGGUAGGAUGUAGCUGUUCCACCAGGCAGUGCUGGGUCACCGGCUUCCUCGUGGGCAGGCAGUUGCCAAGACUUCAGCCCGUGUUCAGUUCUUAUUUUCAUUAAUUUGAACGUCAGCAACUGUCACUGGUGAGGAGGUAAAAUUAGCUCGUGCCCUCCCUCUGUGCUGUGUCCAUAAUAGACUCGGGGAGCUGUGCUGAGGAGGGAAGAGCCGCACAAAAGGCAGAGGAACUGUUGGGAUGUGUUUUCUCUCCCUCCCCAGCCAGAAAUGGGAAUUGACUUGGCCCGAGUUCAGCUGAGGGAGGGAAGGAUGAGCCUCCAGCUCUGCUCCAGUGGGGUUAUCUGAGGUGCUGCAGAUGGGUGCUGGGAUGUGGGGCCAAGAGGAAGGACCCUGAGCUCGGGGUGGGGGUACGGCCUGAGCAAUGCUUUGGGUCCCCAGGGGAACACUGUGACCAGCAGGUCCUGCCCUGCUGGAGCAGCUCAGAGAGCCUUGGCCGGCCCCGCAGUGGGAUCGGGAUGGAUUGGAUGUGUCCAACUGGUGUCUGCUUUGUGCUCCUGAGCCUCCUGCCUUGCUGGGCCUUUCCAGAAAGCCCUGGAGGUGAGGACAUGGCCCAGGUCCCCCCUGCUCGGGGGGCAGCUGUGCGAGGAGCUGCAUCCCUGUCAGUGGGGAGGUGCACGGCUGGACACCCCCGGGACACUGCGGCUGCCCCCGGCUCCAGCACUGACACACUGGGGCGCACGUGGAGCAUCAGGUGAGCAGCAGAAGGGCCUGGGGCUGUCAGAGGAGCCUGUGCCAGAGCUUUGCUCCAGCCCCUGCACCGGUGAAUGAGGCUUUACCAAAGCUGGGCUCCUGUUGCCUCCAGUGCUUCAGGCCUUUGAGAGGAAGGUGGGUGCUGAAGGUGACUUUGAGCAAGGUGACCUCCAUGGCCCCUUGUCUGCCUCCUCGCCCACCGAGGAUGUGCCCUGUGUAUCUGUGAGCACGGCGCAGGGAUGGAGGACGGGAUCCUGCAGCAGUGCUGGGGGGGGAUGCGGCGACGCAGGGGAGGGUGCAGGGCUCUGGUGGAGCCCCAAAGGAGGAGCGUGUCUCCCAGCACCCAUCCCCAUGUGUGUCCCCCUCCUCUCUGAGCAGUGGGGUGAUCACUGGCGCAAGUGCAGACGGAUGACGCUGCUCGGCCUUGGCAGAGAAAGGAUUGAGCAUCCUUUAAAGAAAAUUAUACAUAAUCGUCUUACAGCCUUCGCUUCCACUCACCCCUCUGAGUCAUAACUGAAGGGCCCUGGAGCGUGACGUUCCUGCUGGAAGGAAAUUGCCUCAGAUGGAUCUGUUGGGGGGGGGAAAUGGG